AGGCCAGACUAGGCAGGGACGGUACAAUAGUUGGGUCUCUCUUUGCAAUAUCAGCUGCUGCUGUUGCUGCAACUGGACCGAGGGGAAGGAGGGAGUUGGAUUUAUGCUGGGCGGUUUUUCUUUCAAAUUUAAUAUAUACCUAUAUUUUUGCUUUGCUCCCAAACUACCUCGUUGGAAAGUUUUUCUUCUUCUUCUCCUCCCUGCUUUCAAAAUCCCAGCAGCACUGGGAGGAGAAAUUAGAAGGAUUUUAUUUUUAUUUUUUGGGGAAGGGGAGGACUCCCUCCCCAAUAUUGUUGGAUUUGGGGAGGAGAAUUGUAUGAGUCCUCCCCCCUUUUGGGAGAAGCAUUUCUAAGCAAGUUUGUUGGAUAUUAUCUGCGCCCUCCCCCCGUCGGAAACUGUGGUGGAAGCUGGAAUCAUCUUGAAGAAGGAAUGAAAAAAAGAGGAAGGACCUUGAUGUGAUUUUGUUUAAAAUAGAUGUGUUCGUUUUAUUAUUAUUAUUAUUAUUGCUAUUUAUAUAAAAUAUAGAUAAAAUAUAGAGGAUCGGGAGGAAGCGCUUUGUAAGAAUCAAGAGAGACCGAAAGAGAGGGGGGAGGAAAAUCACACCCACCCCAUCCAUCACCCCCCCCUUCUUCCUCCCCCUCCUCGAAACCAGAAGCCACCAUGGAGAAGACGGAAGGGACAGAGAAGGCCUUUUCAGUGAAGCAACAGCCGGCUGAUGCCCGAGCCCCCAAAGGAAUCCCGGAAGUGACACCACUCCCCCUCAGUGAACGGACUAGCCCUUCGCCUGCCUCGGUGCCCCUUGUGAGGGAGACAGAAACAUGCCAGAGCAACCAGGCUCUCUCUGCCCUCCCUCUGCCGUCUACUGCUGCUGCUCCCACUGGAGCCACGCUGCCUCCUCAAAAUGGCCGCCCGGGUGUUGAGAUCGCUGCGGUGCCCCCUGUGGAAACGAAACCUUCCCUUCAGAUUAACCAGGCUGGCCCGUUGCCUGCCACAAUGCUUCCUGCUGAGGCCCUGCCUCCGAAGAAUGGCCGUCCCCUGCCAAUAGGUACCCAGGCAGCGCCUCCUGCAGAAGAAGUGCAUUGCCAGGAAAGCACCCGGCUGCCAUCCAAGACUGAACAGUCUUUCCCUGCCCAGGGGCCUGCCAGCCCCCGGACCAAACAAGAUGCCCAGAAGGCUCAAGCCAGGCACAAACAGGCCAGAGAGCGGCGAGAAGAGCGAGCCAAAUACCUAGCUGCCAAGAGGGCCCUGUGGCUGGAGAAGGAGGAGAAGGCGCGGGUAUUGCGUGAAAAGCAGCUGGAAGAGCGGCGGCGGCGACUCGAGGAGCAGCGGGUCCGCGCCGAGAAGAGGCGAGCUGCACUGGAGGAACGUCAGCGUCAAAAGCUGGAGAAGAAUAAGGAGCGCUAUGAAGCUGUCAUCCAGCGCUCAGCUAAGAAAACCUGGGCUGAAAUCCGGCAGCACCGAUGGUCGUGGGCUGGUGCAUUGCACCAGGGCUCCCCAGCUCACAAAGAUGGUGCGGGCAGAUGCUCCCUCUCUGCCGUAAAUCUCCCCAAACAUGUGGACUCUAUAAUCAACAAGCGCCUCUCCAAAUCUUCUGCCACCCUCUGGAACUCGCCCAGUAGAAAUCGCAGUCUGCAGCUCAGCCCUUGGGAGAGCAGCAUUGUGGACCGGCUCAUGACACCGACGCUGUCCUUCUUGGCACGCAGCCGGAGUGCUGUGACACUUGCUGGCAACGGCAAGGACCAGGCAGUACCUGUGUGCCCCCGCUCAGCCUCUGCCAGUCCCCUCAGCCCUUGCAACAACCAGCGCUUGCACCACCGCUGCUCAGAGCGACGGCGGCCAGCAACCAGCAGCCCUGAUGUGACGCCCCAGCGCAAGACCGAGGCCUCCCCUAAAAAGAAGGAGAAGAAGGAUAAGGAUCGGGAAAACGCCCAAGAGAAAAACGCCCUAGCCCUUCGCAAGCGCCAGUCUAUGCCUCCCAGCCAGGCUCGUCAGCUGCACGCACCUGAAAGCAGCCCAGGCCCCAAGCCCAGGCCUGCAUCUCCAGCUGUUGCCAAGCAACGCCCAGCCUCACCUAGCACGAGCCCUGGUUCUCCACAUCGUCCUGGCCUGAACCGCAGCGCCCAGUCCUCACCCAAGGUGCGACCUCGGAGGGAGCAUGACAGGCAGGCCAAGGUCCAUGAGCGCAAGGCUGAGCAGAAGGGACGAGGGUCGGCCUCCCCAGCUCCAAGUGAUACCCCCAAGAUCAUGGGGAGCAGCGAAAUGACACAAGAUGCUGCCACUCCCUCCGGUGCUGCAAGCCCAGUGCCAGCUCCGCCUGCAACUCCGGGCAAACCCAUGGCAGGCACCACCGACCGGGAGGAAGCUGCCCGGCUCUUGGCUGAGAAACGGCGCCAGGCGCGGGAGCAGCGGGAGCGAGAGGAGCAAGAGCGCAGAGAGCAAGAGGAGCAAGAGCGGCGCCUAGCGGAAGAGCGGGCCCACCAGGAAGCCAAAGAACGCCUGCAGCAACAGGCCGAGCUGGCCAGGUUGGAAGAGGAGCGGCGGAGGCAGGAGGAGGAGCGGGCCCAGCAGGAGGAGCACGAGGCCCAGGAGCGGGCCCGGGCCGAGCAGGAAGAGCAAGAGCGGCUGCAGAAACAAAGGGAGGAGACUGAGGCCCGUGUGCGUGAGGAGGCUGAGCGCCAGCGGGUGGAGCGUGAGAAGCAUUUCCAGCGGGAGGAGCAAGAGCGACUGGAGCGGAAGAAGCGGCUGGAGGAGAUCAUGAAGAGGACCCGAAAAGCAGAUGGAACUGAUCCCAAGAAGAAAGAGAACAAGAAACUUGUGAAUGGGAAGGAAGGGAAACAAGAGGCUGAGAUGGGCACAGAUGGAGAAAAACGCCCUGGAAACCUUCCCAAGGAAGAGGAACUGCCUGAAAUGCAGGGGUCGAGUCCAGCCAGUCACCAAAGGCCAGCCCCUGAGGGGACACAGCACAGCUCCCCUGUGACUGCUGCCCUGUCCCUGGUGAACGGCCUGCAGCCCGGCAAACAUGAGAAUGGCUUUUCCUCCCCCAAGGAGCCCAGUGGGCGAGAGCACUCUGGAAGCCCUGGACUGAGCAUGACUGACGAGCCCAUCCUGCCUUUCACCAACAAGGAGCCCUUCCUCAGCAAAGCGGUAGCCAAGGCCCCACAGAUCACAGGUGCAGCAGGGGUGCCAGGUGCAGCAACAGCUGGAGGAGUAGUGCUGGGUGCCUUAGGGGACAGCCUCAGCUGAAAAACCAAGGCAACUCUUUGUCCUUGGAAAGAGGAAAUGGAACAUUUGCCUAAAGAUGCUUCCUGAUUAGCUGGGGAAAAAAGUAGAGGAUUUGGCUUUGUUUUUGCUGUUAGCUAAUACUACAUGAUAGCAAUUCUUAUGUCAUGAGCAGGCAGUUGAAAGCUGAGAUGUGCAUGACAAAUACUCUAUACACCAGGGGCCAGUGUUAAUAACAAACCCUUGGCUUAACGUCAAUGCCUUCCAGACCACCUGAUCAUUUACUGCUUUUCCAGAUAAAUAUGGUGUGUGGCCCUGUAAAAAAAAAUAAUCGCCUUUGAAAUGUGGUGUUGGAGGAGAGCUUUGUGCAUACCACGGACUGCGAAAAAGACAAAUAAUUGGGUGUCAGAACAAAUUAAACUAGAACUGUCACUAGAAGCUAAAAUGAUGAAACUGAGGUUAUCAUACUUUGGACACAUAAUGAGAAGACAUGAUUCCCUAGAAGACAAUAACUCCGGGAAAAACAGAAGGGAAUAGAAAAAGAGGAAGACCAAACAAGAGAUGGAUUGAUUCCAUAAAGGAAGCCACAGACCUGAACUUACAAGAUGUGAACAGGGUGGUUCAUGACACAUGCUACUGGAGGUCUCUGAUUCAUAGGGUCGCCAUAAGUCAUAAUCGACUUGAAGGCACAUAACAACCCAUCAGUUACUAGCCAAAAGGGCAAAGUGAACAUGCACCCUGUGUGUUAUAGAACCUUUUUACGACCAAGUGGCGAUGAAACUCUCCUGUGGUGAUAUGGUCAACUAUGCCUCUGGACACCAAUUUAGCCACUUGGUAAUCAUCCUUAAUUGGCUGUUGCUCUAAUAAUGUAAACAAUGCCUGUUAUAAGGACCACCUUGACUGUAAAGCAGUUGUACCUCGUUGGAACACAAUAGAAUUGCAUCAGAAAAGAGGUAUCCCCACCUACAGGCAAGUCUAGUUAGUGUCAACUGGAAAAUUG